GCUGGAGUUCCAGAUAGUGCCACUUGGCCCCAAGCACUGUACAGAGUGUGCUUUUCCCUUUACUGCUGGGAAAGUUACGGCUAAGCUGCUGAGCCUAACACUUAACAGGUCACUGGCAUUCCCCUGGAAUAGGGAUUUUGUUGUUGUUUUAAUUGGAACAAACUUAAAUUCACUUUUGAAACCCUUAUUUGGUGAACACAUCUGGCUAUUUCAUAAAGAUUUCAACUUUGCAAAAAAACACUUGAUGUUGAUUUCUGCCUUUCCGAAAAGCUGGUAACCGUGAUCAACGGAAGUCUCCGCAUAGCAGGAAGAAAGAGAAGGUUUUUACUGAGCUUCACUCAGAGAAAACCCCAAGGGAGAACUCUGAGAACUCAUUUCAGGAUGAAGCUGCAUGGGCAACAGAGAACUUAACACAAACGCUGUCUAUUGACUAAUAGAUGCAAGAGGAUUCUUCUCCCGACUACUGUACUGGACUACUCGGCUCCAACAAUGAGAAUCUGGCUCCUCAGAAGGCAGUUGCUGCUUCUGCUGCUGCUCUCUGGCCCACAGAGACCCACCAGGAGUUCUGAGGUUGCAGGUAAAGUCAACUUUGACUUGGCAGCUGGCUCCUUCGAUGAUCAGUACCACGGCUGUGGCAAACAGGUCAUGGAGGAACUAAGUCGAGGAGAUUAUUUCACUAAAGAACUAAAACACCAUAAGAAUUACUCCCAGAUAUGGCACCAAGCCCAUUUGACCUGGCUGAACCGUGCAAAAGCUCUCCCCAAGGAUAUGACUAUCCCACAUGUUGUGGCUAUGUUGGUUUACACGUUGAAGAGUAAUGUUCGUGCUGACUUUAUUCACGCCAUGGCCAGUGCUGCCAGGUCUCCACAGCAGUAUGAACAUGCAUUCCAUUUCAAAUAUCUACACUACUACCUGACCUCAGCAAUCCAGCUGCUGAGGAAAGAGAGAGUCAUGAAGAAUGACACACUCUGCUAUGAGGUGCAUCAUGGGAUGAAGGAUGUCUCCUUCAAAGCCUACACAGGAGACACCAUUCGGUUUGGCCAAUUCAUCUCUGCCUCUCUCCUAAGAGAAGAGGUACAGAAGUUUGUUAACCAGACACUAUUUACCAUAUCUACCUGCCUGGGUGCACCUGUGCAAGACUUCUCCCUUAAGAAGGAAGUCCUGAUCCCUCCCUAUGAGUUGUUUGAAGUCGUGAAUAUGAGAUAUCACCCAAGUGGAAACUGGUUGCAACUACGGUCAGCUGGGAACUUGAGUACAUAUAACUGCCAGCUACUAAAGGCAUCCAGCAAGAAGUGCAUGCCUGCUUCUACAGUUAUUGCUUCUGUCUCCUUUUUGACUAGUAUCAUCAUCUCUUCCAAAAGCCAAGUAUAAAAGAAAUCUGUGGCUCCUUUUUUGUUUUUAACAUUUCAAUGAAAACUCUGUAUUGGACUUCUAGUUAGAAAUGGAAAUGUAUUCACCAGGAAGGAUGAUACCAUCCCUCUUCUGCUAAGAACAGUGCAUGGCCUCCUCCUUGCUAAUUCUGUUUUCUCUCUCUAGUACCUACUUGCCUUAUUCCAAUGAGGAGAUCCUGAAUACUCUUGGGAAUAACUCCACCCAAAUAGUAAUUGAUGCAGAGCUGUCUCAGCCCACUGCCCAUGAGUUGGCCUGUAAUUUCAUGCCUCAACCAAUCUGUAUAUUUUUCUCCAUGGAUAGAGAAAUUCAUGCUGGAAUAGACUAUGGCAUGAUCAGAGCCUGUCAGAUAUGAUUGAGAACUUCUUGAAAUUGAGACUUGGAGUGGGAUGGGAGCCUCUCUUGUUGAGGAGAGAUUAACGAAAGCAGAACCUUGGACCAACAAAUAGUGUAAUAGCUAUGUCGCUGGACUCCCAUGUAGUCAACUGCGGCUUGAGUCCCUGACCCAGUGGCUUGAACUCUCACUGGGAGCAUGUGCGUGCAUGCCCAAGAUCCUGAGAG